AUGCAGACGCUCGCGAUCGACGAAGCCAUCGACGCGGCGCCGCCCGACCCGCUACGCGAAGGCGCGCUCCGCGCGUUCGCAGGUCUUUUGCUCAGCGCCGCCGUCGCGCUCGUGGCCGCGCCCGUCGUGUCCAUCUCGACCGCCAUCACGCUGCUGCUUCCGAGUGCAACCUACCGCCGCAUGCAUCUGAGCCUGCUGCGCGCCUUGUGGGCGACCGAGUGGCGGCUACUGCGGCUUCUCGUGCGGCCACGUCAUUACUGUGCCUUUGAGGCGCUGCCCGUGCACGCCAACGUCACGUACGGCUUCGUGUACUUUGGCGUGGUCAAUCUUCUGGAUGUCAUCUGCGCUGCGCCGCCGCUGGUCGCUGCAGCCGCGUCCGCAAAUGUCAUCUACCUCCUCGCCACCGGUCCUCUGGAUGCCGGCAGCGUCGCCUUCGAGUUGGCCUUGCUUCUCUUGGGCCUCGCCGCAGCCAUCCUCUCCUCGCGCCUCGUGGGCUACCGCUUCUAUGUGCCCUUUGCGACCGCGUGGGCGCACAUGCGUGGACGCCCAAUGGUGCCACAGACGCCACGAACACCAAGCCACGAAGACAUUGUGGCGUCCGGCCAUGUCUACCUCGAUAUGGCCGAGCCCAAGUUGUCCGAUGAUCACAGCGUGAGCAGUGCGUACAGCGCAACCAUGCAUGCGUGGGCGAGUGCAGUCGCCGACACGUGCACGCUCUCUACGUCGCACCUACCGCAGUAUGUCGUUGCGACGUCGUCGUCGCCGGCGACCUCUGCGACCGCCUCACCCACGUCACCAGUGCCGAAAGCGGCGACUGUCUACUUGCACAGCAUGAGCACGAAUGAUAAUCCCACCAGCAUCAUGCUCGCACCACCUGCGCACCGACUGCAGCCGCCGAUGGUCUGCAUGCCGUCUGCACCGACCGACGACGAGAUGCUGCUGCAAGCACGCACAUCACGCCACAUGGUCCCAAUGGUCACGCAGCUCGAGCGCCGGGCGUCGCAGCAGUCGUCGUCGAGCGAAGAAGAGGACUUUCAGGCGCUCUGCGACUCGAUCUUGCAACGCCACGGCCGGCGCUACGACGUGCUCAGUCCACCGCCGACGCCCGACGUCCGGCACCGGUCGCUGCCGUCGUCGAUUUCGUCGGCGACUUCGGACCAGGUCUUUCGAGGCCUCGACGACCCGCCGCAGUUUACAGCAUACGCGCCACGGCGCAUUGCCAUGGGCGCCGCGUUCGACUUGAGCAUCUACUGCUUUGGCGGGCGCGACGCUGCGGACAUCGUCGAGGUCGCACACACACACGACGCGGAGAGCCGCAAGGUGACGCGGACGAUCGACCUGCCGCUGACCAAGGGCACGCACGUGACCAUCUCGGCCACGGUCCCAGACGGAUUUCGGCUCUUGGACGCCGCGCACACUACGUUUGUCUGGACAGGCAAACUCGAGCACAUAAGGUUUCCGAUCUUUUGCGAAAUGCACGCGUCCAUGCCGCGGACGCCGCACACGGUGGUGGUGACGGUCGUGGCCAAUGACUUUGCUGGCGUCCUCCACUGCACUCUCGUCGUCGGUCCUAAUGUCUCCAAGCACGUGCAGUGUCAAGACGAGUGGUAUCGCUUGACGCCUGUCAGCGACCGUCUCGAGGCGCUGCCGUCCAGCUACAAGGAAAUCCCCUUUUCCGAGCUGCACAUGAAGCGCUGGAUCGGCGCGGGCUUCUUUGGCGACGCGUAUCUCGCCACGUAUGCUGGUCGUGACGUCGUUGUCAAGACACUGCGUCAGACGGCCGACGACGUGGCGGCGCUGCAGCACGAAGCAGCCGUCUCGGCGCUUCUCGGGCACCACCCGUGCGUGGUUCCCUUUGUCGGCGCGUGCACCGAUCCCUCGGCGCCGCUCGCCAUCGUGACCGAGUACAUGCCGCUGGGGUCGCUCGCGGGCGUCGUUGCCUCGCCGUCGGCUUCGACCAUGUACCCGUCGUCGGUGCGCACGAGCAUGCUCCGCGACGCCGCCAACGGGCUGCUGCACCUGCACAACAAUGCGUUCUUGCACCGAGACAUGGCCGCGCGCAACUGCCUCGUCGACGUUAACGGGCGCGUCAAAAUCGCCGACUUUGGCCUCGCGCGGCGCGGCGCGGUGCUCGAUGCGAGCAUGAGCGUCGGCCCCCUCAAGUGGAUGGCGCCCGAGAGCCUCGCGCCACCCCACGUGUUUUCGUCGGCCUCGGAUGUCUUUUCGUUUGGCGUGACCAUGUGGGAGGUGUACAGCGGCGCCAAGCCGUUCGAUGGCCAGCACGCACGCGACGUCGCGGUCCGCGUCUGCGAAGGCGACCGGCUCCCGCUCGCCGACGUGCACAUUCCAGAGGCGCAGUUGGAUCUGAUCGCUCGGUGUUUUGCGGCCGACCCGACAGCGCGCCCGAGCAUGGCCGAAGUCUACGCCCACCUCGCAUAGUCCCUAGUUGUUUGUGUCGUCGACUCGUAUACGCUAUCAAAGAUGUGGGGCAGUGGACUUGGAGGCUUGAGUGCUUCGGCAGCUGUUCCCCAUGUCAUAAUGCAAGCGUCUCAAAAUAUGGGUUUGCCUG